CCCGGGACGCGACGGGGCCCAUCGGGGCCAGGACCGGGGAGGCAGGGGAACGGACGCCCCCGGUUGCCUCCCCGGGGAUGCUGGGGGGCCCCGGGAGAGCCCGGGCUGGGCAGAUUUCCUUAUCCGGGGAUCGCAGGGCACCUCGCUAUUGGCCCGCGUUGUCACAUGGACUCAACUUUGUUCACUUGACAAAAUUAAUGGCCAUGAGCUCGUUUUUGAUCAACUCCAACUAUGUGGACCCCAAGUUCCCACCCUGUGAAGAGUAUUCCCACAGCGAUUACCUUCCCAAUCACUCGCCGGAAUAUUACAGCAGCCAGAGGCGAGAGAACACUUUCCAACAUGAAGCGAUGUACCAGCCACGAUCAGCCUGCAAGGAGCAGCUCUACUCGUCCUGUCAGAGCUCCGGCCACCAAGCAGCGGUGUUAUCCCCCCGGGGUCAUGUCCAUCCUCCGGCCGGACUGCAGAGCCACAUCUCUGAACCAAAUCAGCCCUGCGAGCCGGUUACCCCCAGCCCACCACCACCCUCUUGCAGCCAAAACUCUCUGAACCAAAGCCCUUCCAAUUCCUCUUGCAAAGAGCCGGUAGUUUACCCCUGGAUGAAAAAAGUCCAUGUAAGCACGGUAAACCCCAAUUACUCAGGAGGGGAACCGAAACGCUCCCGCACAGCCUACACCAGGCAGCAAGUCCUGGAGCUGGAGAAGGAAUUUCACUAUAACCGUUAUCUCACCCGGAGACGCAGGGUCGAGAUCGCCCAUUCCCUCUGCCUCUCCGAACGCCAGAUCAAAAUCUGGUUCCAGAACCGGAGGAUGAAAUGGAAAAAAGACCACAAGUUACCAAAUACCAAGAUCAGGUCUAAUUCUUCCAGCUCCUCCACCAGCCUGCAGAUCCCACAAGGAGGAUCUCAAACCCGAUCCCAUGGACCAGCCACCAGCUUAUAACUAUUCCUGGGAUGGAUGAAGGGAUGGGAUAGAUGGAUGGAUGGAUGGAUGGAUGGAUGGAUGGAUGGAUGGAUGGCGCGUGUUUGUGGCGUGAGGUUGUGUGUGUGUAGGGAACACAUGAGGAUAUUUUUUUGUGUUAAAUGCUCCAAGAAGCAGAGGGGAAGGAGGGCUGCUCUUUAUUUAUAGGGGGAACAGAGGGAGGCUCAGCUGCAACAAAGCAGACCGGUGCUGUUGUGCCUCUCUUCCAUUAAAAGGAGGCUGUAGAUAGUAGUUUUCAGAUUUGGCUAAGAUGGAUCCUUGUUUCAUCUUUAAUCACGCCAAGCUCUGCCCCAUUUGUCAUGUUUACUCUCCCGUACAAAGGAUGGACCUUAUGUCUGCUAUUACCUCGACAACCAGCGCUCACUUUAAUAAAUGAGGCUCAGUUUC